AUGGCGGCCCACACCCCUGAACUCAAAUGCCCGACUCCGGGGUGCGAUGGUUCGGGUCACAUCACGGGGAACUACGCCUCCCACCGAAGUCUCUCUGGGUGCCCGCGUGCCAAGAAAAGUGGAAUUAAAACUCCUACCAAGGACAACCAGGAGGACUCCGAGCUUUUAAAAUGCCCGGUUCCGGGCUGUGACAGCCUGGGCCACAUCAGUGGGAAGUACGCCACCCACCGCAGCGCGUACGGCUGCCCGCUGGCCGCCCGCCGGCAGAAAGAGGGGCUCCUCAACGGGACCCCCUUCAACUGGAAGGCCUUCAAAACCGAGGGCCCCACCUGCCCCACCCCGGGCUGCGACGGGUCCGGACACGCCAACGGGAGCUUCCUCACCCACCGCAGGUGGGCUUUAAACACUUUAAACUUUAAGGGCGGUUUGAAACCAAACUAG